AUGUUUGUUGUUUGCAGAAAAACACACAAAAAGAAGAACCUCAUCCGGAGAGCCUGGGAGGCUGAGAAACAUCCCAAUCAAUCCCAGGAAACCAAAGUGUGUGCUUUUGUGCCGGAGCAGGAGUCUGAGCAGGAGCUCCCUCACACAUCCAGUGUCGAGCCGACAGACCGUGAGUCUCCAGUUAUUAACACUCAGAACGCCUGUGUUGGCCUCCAGAAGGUGCGGAGGAAGAAACGUUCCCCCCCUAAAGAAAGAAGAGUGCCUCAAGAUUUAACUCUCCCGGAAAUAGAAAAAAAACACACGAAAAAGAAGAACCUCAUCCGGAGAGCCUGGGAGGCUGUGAAACAUCCCAAUCAAUCCCAGGAAACCAAAGUGUGUGCUUUUGUGCCGGAGCAGGAGUCUGAGCAGGAGCUCCCUCACACAUCCAGUGUCGAGCCGACAGACCAAAAACACACGAAAAAGAAGAACCUCAUCCGGAGAGCCUGGGAGGCUGUGAAACAUCCCAAUCAAUCCCAGGAAACCAAAGUGUGUGCUUUUGUGCCGGAGCAGGAGUCUGAGCAGGAGCUCCCUCACACAUCCAGUGUCGAGCCGACAGACCAAAAACACACGAAAAAGAAGAACCUCAUCCGGAGAGCCUGGGAGGCUGUGAAACAUCCCAAUCAAUCCCAGGAAACCAAAGUGUGUGCUUUUGUGCCGGAGCAGGAGUCUGAGCAGGAGCUCCCUCACACAUCCAGUGUCGAGCCGACAGACCAAAAACACACGAAAAAGAAGAACCUCAUCCGGAGAGCCUGGGAGGCUGUGAAACAUCCCAAUCAAUCCCAGGAAACCAAAGUGUGUGCUUUUGUGCCGGAGCAGGAGUCUGAGCAGGAGCUCCCUCACACAUCCAGUGUCGAGCCGACAGACCAAAAACACACAAAAAAGAAGAACCUCAUCCGGAGAGCCUGGGAGGCUGUGAAACAUCCCAAUCAAUCCCAGGAAACCAAAGUGUGUGCUUUUGUGCCGGAGCAGGAGUCUGAGCAGGAGCUCCCUCACACAUCCAGUGUCGAGCCGACAGACCAAAAACACACAAAAAAGAAGAACCUCAUCCGGAGAGCCUGGGAGGCUGUGAAACAUCCCAAUCAAUCCCAGGAAACCAAAGUGUGUGCUUUUGUGCCGGAGCAGGAGCAGGAGCUCCCUCACACGUCCAGUGUCGAGCCGACAGACCGUGAGUCUCCAGUUAUUAGCACUCAGAACGCCUGUGUUGGCCUCCAGAAGGUGUGGAGGGAGAAAUGUCCCCGCCCUAAAAGAAUAAAAGUGCCUCCAUAUUUAACUCUUGGGGAAAUAGAAAUUUUUAAGGAACAUGUGAGAUGGUGCAGAGAAAUUGGAUUCUUUGAGUGGUCAAUAGAAGCGAGAGAGCAGCAUAAUUCAGAAUACUUUCGCUUUCUUUAUGAAGUUGGAGAGAAACUGGGAUCGGAAAAUGAUGAAGUCCAUACCCAUGAGGGAAUUAGAAAUUCGGAUGGACAAAAAGUGGCCAUCAAAUUUGUGAAGCCAGAACGCCAGAUUGGAGUGCGUUCCAAACCUGUGUGUGAAGAGGCACGUUUAAUGUUGAAGGUGCAAGCGCCCACAACUUGCGAGUACAUCGUAAAGUUAUACGACUGGUUUAUCAUGGAUGAAAAAGAUGUCUUAAUUGUGGAAUACCAUCCCUCCGUGACCUUGCCUGAGUUCAUCAAAGAGUACAGUGAUCGUCUGAGUGAAGAAGUAGUGAAACAUAUUAUUUGGCAACUCACUAUUGCAUUACGUCACUGCAUGGAACUUGGUGUUCUACAUGACGCAGAUUUAGAAAACAUACUGAUCAACCAGGACACCAUGCAGAUGAAGUUAAUAAACUUCAGCAACGCCAUGCAACUGGGUCCAGACACAAUAAGACGAGGAGCUGUAGAGUUAAUAAUUAGUGCCUUACACACUGCAAUGAAAGAACUCAUCGAUGGACUUCCAUUUGAGAAAAAAACACAUCUGUCCAAAGAAUGCCUGGAUGUUCUUCGGAAAAUUCAGAAAAACAAAGCGCUAGGGGACACCUUAGAUGCCAUUUUAGAUCAUGCCUGGUUUAAAAAACAUUCCCAGACGGAAGAAGAAAGAAAUCAAGAAAAGUAGAAAAAGGUAGAAGCAGUCGUGCUGCAGUUCCUUCACCGGGGCCUAUAGCUGAGCUGCAGGGUCAUCAGCUGGAGACCACCUCUCACCGACGUCUUUUCAGCCUCUUCAGCCAGGUCUUUCAGAUAUGGGGUGACAAUUGUUCCUUUAUUCCAAUGAUCCACAAAUAAGGAGUUUCACAAAAGUGAAUUAAAUUCACUAAUAUAUAGAGUAUGAUUUGGAUUCACAAACACAACUCUGCCUGGCAUUCAUUUGCGAAUCGCUUUCUGUGCAUGUGUGAAUCGCUUUCUGUGCAUUUGUGGAUCACUAUCAGCACAUUUGUGGAUCACUGCACGCAAAUGUGAAUCGCUUUCUGCGCUUUUGUGGUUCGCUGCACGCUGUUGUGGAUUUCUGAAUAUUUCUAGCGUCAAGACGUGCACACAAAUCCACAGAUUUACUCAGGCCAAUCAGAUAACGGCCAUUUGUGCUGAACAAUCGUUUCUCUCUGAGAAAUAUCGCUUUACAUCUAGCUAUAGAAUAGAAAUAGCACUUUAAAUACUGUUAUAGAAUAGAAAUAGCACUUUACAUCUAGCUAUAGAAUAGAAAUAGCACUUUACAUCUAGCUAUAGAAUAGAAAUAGCACUUUAAAUACUGUUAUAGAGAAUAGAAAUAGGGCUAUAAAUACCGUUAUAGAAUAGAAAUAGCACUUUACAUCUAGCUAUAGAAUAGAAAUAGCACUUUAAAUACUGUUAUAGAAAAGAAAUAGCACUUUAAAUACUGUUAUAGAAAAGAAAUAGCACUUUAAAUACUGUUAUAUAGAAUAGAAAUAACACUUUACAUCUCGCUAUAGAAUAGAAAUAGCACUUUACAUCUCGCUAUAGAAUAGAAAUAGCACUUUAAAUACUGUUAUAUAGAAUAGAAAUAGCACUUUAAAUGCUAUUAUAGAAUAGAAAUAGCACUUUACAUCUCGCUAUAGAAUAGAAAUAGCACUUUAAAUACUGUUAUAUAGAAUAGAAAUAGCUCUUUACAUCUAGCUAUAGAAUAGAAAUAGCACUUUACAUCUCUAUAGAAUAGAAAUAGCACUUUAUAUCUCUUUAUAGAAUAGAAAUAGCACUUUAUAUCUCUUUAUAGAAUAGAGAACUUGCUACGAUUAGUCAGUUCAACAUGGCCGUUACCUGAUUGGUCUGAGUAGACGGUGUUUGGAGUCCGCCUCAAGGUUUUUGCAUUUUUAAAUUAGUUUUUAUUUUUGCUAUAAAUUUCAGUUUCGUCUAGUUCAGUUUCGUUUAGUUCAGUUUCGUCUGGUUAGCUUUACAUAUCAUUAUAAAAUAGAAAUAGUGCUUUACUCCUCGCUAUAGAAUAGAAAUAGCACUUUAAAUACCGUUAUAGAAUUGAAAUAGUGCUUUACAGCUUGUUAUAGAAUAGAAAUAGAACUUUACAUCUCGCUAUAGAAUAGAAAUAGCACUUUACAUCUUGUUAUAAAAUAGAAAUAGCACUUUAAAUACCGUUAUAGAAUAGAAAUAGCACUUUAAAUAUUGUUUUAGAAUAGAAAUUGCACUUUACAUCUUGUUAUGGAAUUAAAAUAGCACUUAACAUCUCAUUAUAAAAUAGAAAUAGCAUUUUAAAUAUCGUUAUAGAAUAGAAAUAGCACUUUAAAUAUCGUUAUAGAAUAGAAAUAGCACUUUAUAUCUCUUUAUAGAAUAGAUAUAGCACUUUAUAUCUUGUUAUAGAAUAGAAAUAGCACUUUAUAUCUCUUUAUAGAAUAGAAAUAGCGCUUCACAUCUCGUUAUAGAAUAGAAAUAGCACUUUACAUCUCGUUGUAGAAUAGGAAUAGCACUUUAAAUAUCGUUAUAGAAUAGAAAUAGCACUUUAUAUCUCUUUAUAGAAUAGAUAUAGCACUUUAUAUCUUGUUAUAGAAUAGAAAUAGCACUUUAUAUCGCUUUAUAGAAUAGAUAUAGCACUUUAUAUCUUGUUAUAGAAUAGGAAUAGCACUUUAUAUCGCUUUAUAGAAUAGAAAUAGCGCUUCACAUCUCGUUAUAGAAUAGAAAUAGCACUUUACAUCUCGUUGUAGAAUAGGAAUAGCACUUUAAAUAUCGUUAUAGAAUAGAAAUAGCACUUUAUAUCUCUUUAUAGAAUAGAUAUAGCACUUUAUAUCUUGUUAUAGAAUAGAAAUAGCACUUUAUAUCGCUUUAUAGAAUAGAUAUAGCACUUUAUAUCUUGUUAUAGAAUAGAAAUAGCACUUUAUAUCUCUUUAUAGAACAGAAAUAGCGCUUCACAUCUCGUUAUAGAAUAGAAAUAGCACUUUACAUCUCGUUGUAGAAUAGGAAUAGCACUUUAAAUAUCGUUAUAGAAUAGAAAUAGCACUUUAUAUCUCUUUAUAGAAUAGAUAUAGCACUUUAUAUCUUGUUAUAGAAUAGAAAUAGCACUUUAUAUCGCUUUAUAGAAUAGAAAUAGCGCUUCACAUCUCGUUAUAGAAUAGAAAUAGCGCUUCACAUCUCGUUGUAGAAUAGGAAUAGCGCUUUAUAUCUCGUUAUAGAAUAGAAAUAGUGCCUUACAUCUCGUUAUAUAACAUUUAAAUAACAUUUUUAUUUCAUUUCAGUUUACGAGAAUGUUUUUGGAUCGUUUUCGUCUUAGUUUUAGUUUUCGUUUACUUUAGUCCACCUUUCUGUGGAUUUGUUUGCACAUCUUGAUGCUAGAAAUGUUUUGAAAUCCGCAAAUGCAUACAGUGAUCCAUAGAAGCACAUGAAGUGAUCCACAAAUACAUGUAGCAAUUCUCAGAUGUGCAAGAAGCAAUCCACAAAUGCACAAGAAGAGAUCCACAAAUGUGCAGGAAGCAAUUCACAAAUGAAUGCCAGGCAGAGUUGUGUUUUUGACAUAAAAACACAUUAGUUGAUCUCUUUUAUUUGUGGAUCAUAUUUUUUUUGGAAUAAAGGAGCAAUAAUAACCUCAUAUUCAGGGCCUGAUGAUGGUCCAGCCUCCCUGCACUCAGCAGAGAUCUGCGUACUUCUGCCUCUUCCUCUCUUCUACUCCUCCUCCCAUGGAACAGUUAACUCAGUUCAUAGUUUUCAGUCAUGUGACCUGUGCAGUGGGAUAGAGGGCAAAACAAUGGGCCAACAUGGCGGCUUACAGUGGACCACAGCGCACCACAUCGCCCGCGGCGAGGAUCAUCGUGUCCGGACCGCUUCCGACGUACCGACGAGGACAUGAAAGGUUCAGUAGAUUAUUUGCUUUAAAUGAAUGGUUGAUGUCUUGGUGUAAUGAAGAAGCUGCUCGUUAUAAAUAACUGGAAUCUUUUCUGGGAGCGUCCUAGGCUCUUCCGUGCGGAUGGCCUGCACCCCAGCAGCAUCAGAGCUGAUCUUCUGUCGGAGAACAUCUCCAAGACGCUUCGCACCAUAUGACUAGUGAAUCAAACCUCAAAUCACAGUCUGUGUUCUGCCCACUUAACUGAUAGAAAUGUGAGUGUAGUACAGUCUAUAGAAACUGUCUAUUCCCCGAAUAGUGAGGUCUAACAAUAAAAAUAAAGGAUCUAGAAAAAACCUGAUCAUGAUCAAAGCAGAAAUUUGCAUAAUUACUGAACAAAAACAAUUUCUAAAGCUAGGGCUACUAAACAUUAGAUCACUGACACCUAAGGCAGUUAUUAUAAAUGAAAUGAUCACAGAUAAUAGUCUUGAUGUAAUUUGCCUUACUGAAACAUGGCUUAAACCAAAUGAUUAUUUCGGUCUUAAUGAGUCUUGUCCACCUGGCUCCCGUUAUAAAAACAAAUGCCGUCCGAUUGGCCGUGGCGGUGGUGUAGCAACAAUCUAUAGAGAUAUUCUUAAUGUUACUCAGAGAACAAACUACAGCUUUAAUUCAUUUGAAAUUCUUAUGCUAAAUAUUACACUCUCAGAUAUAAGUAAAAAGUCGCUACUAUCUCUUGCUUUGGCACCGUUUAUAGACCUCCAGGGCCUUAUGCUGAUUUCCUAAAAGAGUUUGCAGACUUUCUCUCAGAUCUAUUGGUCAACACUGAUAAAGCGCUGAUUGUUGGAGAUUUUAACAUUCAUGUUGACAAUACAAAUGAUACGUUAGGGGCUGCGUUUACAGAUUUACUAAACUCCUUUGGGGUCAAACAAAACGUCACUGGACCCACUCACCAUUUUAAUCAUACUCUAUAUUUAAUUAUAUCACAUGGAAUAAAUCCAACCGUUAUAGAAAUUCUACCGCAAAGUGAUGACGUCUCUGAUCACUAUCUUGUAACAUGUGUACUGCAUACUGAUGAUAUUUGUCAAAUUGCGCCGCAAUAUCGACUAGGCAGAACAAUUCUCCCGACAACUAUAGAUAAAUUCACAAAUAACCUGCCUGAUCUGUCUCAGCUGCUCAUCGUACCUAAACACACAAAUGAUCUCGAGAAAAUGACUAGCAGCAUGUGCACCAUUUUCACUAGUACAUUAGAUACUG